AUGACAAGCUUCCACGGCUGGGCAAGGUUGAAUGAAACAUCGUUUCUGCUGAAGGUGCAAAAGAGCAACGGCUUCCAACGCUUGAUCGGAACCUACAGCAAAGCUUUCGGCGUGGCCUUGGAUGAUGACAACCUGCAGAGCUUCGCUGAAGAAAUCGGCAGAUGUUGCUUGCGAGAAGCAGAUGACAUCAUGUUCGCUGAUGGUCCUCUUGCAGCAGCUCUACAAGAAGUUCAGCACUACAAGCAAAAGCUGGUUGAAUGCAACCUCACAGCAAUGAAGCAAAUCACUGCUAUGAGGGAUGGCUGCCAUUUGAGUGAGGAGCUGAAGGAGGAUACUGUCAUGUUCCACGAGCCGUUAAAUUACAUGGAUGAGGCACAGCAGAGGCUGGUCAUAGCUGUGGUCUGCGACAAACUUCGGCAGCUUGAGCGGGGCACCGCCCCACAGUCGCUGGUUGAUGCGUUGACCCGCUAUGCAGAAGCCCUCCUGAAACAGGAGGAAGGUGCAGGCAUGGAUGAAUUGUUAGAAGUUCAGUCUGGCCUGCAGAAGAUGCGGGUUCAGAAAAAGGCUGUUCAAGCAAGGCUCGAGCACGCAGAGACUGAAAGCAGCUUGCUCAAGAAGGAAUUAGAGGACGGGGUGCCAUUUGUUACAUGGACCACUGCCUGGCCCUGCUUGAAGUGUGAAGCCUUGCUGAGUAUGCUUUCAUGGCUCCCACGCUUUUCCUGUUCCCUGACCCAUCAGGAGGUGAGGAGUGCGCUCAGCGAGACCGCCAAAGCGUACGAGGAGCUGAGGGAGCAGGAGCCGGUGUGGCACGAGAGCAUUGACGAGCUGCGGGACUUGUCGGAGCACCAGAAGGCGGAGAUCGCGCAGCAGCGCGUGCAUGUGGAGCACCUGGUGGCGGCUGUGGAGCGGCGCGAGGCGGAGAUCGAGGAGCUCUCCGCGGCCAAGGACCGACUCGAGGAGCGGGGCGCGCAGCUCGAGGCGCAGCUCGGCGCCUCGGACGCGGAGCUCUCGGAGGCGCGGCAGGAGGCGCAGCGAGGCCAGGCCGAGGCCGCGCAGCUGCGCCGGAGCCUGGCGGAGCAGCAGCGCCAGGCGCAGGCUGUGGCGGAGGCGCUGCGGGUGGAGUGCGUGGAGCAGCAGGUCGCGAAGGAAGAGCUGAGGGAUGCGCUGCAGCGCCAAACAGAGCAACAGACUUUGUUGCAACAGAGCCUAGAUGUGCUGCAAGCACGACAUGAAGCCUUGGCUUUGGAAGCAGCGGAGCUGCAGGAGGAGUUGCGUCGUAGGAAUGCCACGCAGACCCAGGAAUCGCAGACCGAGAUCUGUGGGCCGGACUUGCAACAGGAGCAGGGUGAAGCCAGUCAGCUCCGGGUAGUCAUGGAAGAGCUGCAAAUGAGGGUCAGGGACAUGAUCGAAAGGUACCGCCAGCGAUUCGGCAGCGAGGCGAAAGAGAUGGCUGCAGACCUGGGCAUGGAUGAGCUGCUGCGACGCUUGGCAUGCUGUGACUGUUGGCUCAGAGAGCAGACUGCAUUCCAGCGGCUAUACGAUGACGGCCUGCUUCGCGUGAAUCGUCUUGAGCAGCUGCGUGAGAAGGUCCGCAGGGAGCGGAACAAGCUGGGCCUCACAGCAGAUAGGGACGAGGUUUCCGUGCUUGCUGCUGUGGAAAAAAGUGAUCUCCGAGGCCUCAGGCAGAUGUUGCAAGCUGGCCGGGCCUCGAAUGCCGAUGGCAUUGGCUUCGGCGAGGCGACGCAGGCCAGAGGCCUACCUGAGGCACGCAGCCUGGGUUCAGUCUCACUGCCAACUCUGCAUACGAGCUCCUCGAGCUUCCCUGUGAAGAAUCUGAAAUUGGAUUCAUCGCAAAAGGGCUACAGAAGGAGCACUAAAACAUGA